CUGCUCUCUACAGUCGCCUGUCGCGCCGUCCCGAAAAGCGAGAUCCAGAGUUGCGGGUAUGCUUGUAGCGCACUUUAUAUAGGUACACUCGUUCGAUCUCUGCAUAGGCAAAGGCACAUCGGGUAGACCUGGCUGCUCGAGUCAAUCCAACGAAGAUGCAGGAGCCGCAUGGACGGCGGGAGGUUUAAAGGCCCGAGCGCCUGGCGAGCCCGGGGGAGGCAAACGCGUAAUAUAAUUAAUGAGCACAGUUUAUUAACUAUAUUACGCGCAGCUACGUGCACUGCAGUCGCACAAGAAGACGAGGGCUUAUAGCUGAGCGCGGAGGUUAUGACGACUGCAGGAGUAGGGGGGCGGCCGCGCGCAGUUCCGGUGGCAAGCUACGUAGGAACGUAGGUAAUACGAGUAUGUACGUACCUACGGGGCUAUGGGUGGCAGAGCGGCGCAUCGCAUUCUCGCGCGCCGACAAUGCAUUAUUGAGCCACAGCCUCGCAGAGCGCUUAACGUAUAAUGGUGCGCCGUCAUCGGCCUCCUCGCCCUCGCCUGCACUCCGAGUACACUCGUAAAAGAUAAUAGGACUUGGAACGACGACUGCGGAGGUGUCGAAAGCGGGCCACGAGGCGAAAGUCGGAUGUCAUGCAUCCUGCGAGUGCGGCUGCACCCCCGAGCGAGAGCAGACUGACGAAAAGCCGCCGGUGAUCGAUUCGAGUCGCCGAUUCCACCGCAGAAUAACCGGCGAGAGAUCGGCCGAGACGGCGCAACGCUACUGCAGUAGAGAGCGAGAAAUGGCCAAUCGACUGCUGACGCCGCUGCUUCUGUCGCUGAUGCUGCUGCGGGCCGAGAGCCGCUGCGGCGAGAGACUCGAGCGCGCCCUCGACAUGAUGCAGCAACGGAGCAACUCUGCUCGGCGGCGCUUCGACGCCGACGACUCGGACUUGGUCUACCGCCAGAGGCUUCGCUCGGCUCCCGUCGACGUCUCCGUCACGAGGCUGCUUGUCGAGAUCCCCCCGACGAGGAGCUCGGGCAGCCGGGACGGCCCGAGCUGGGCAAAGGUCGAGCGCUGCUCGUACGAGCCGAGCAACAACUCGAUCCGCAGCCGCGUCGGCUUCAACGAGCUGUCGGUGAGCGGCCUCGUGCAGCUCGCUGCCAGCGCCCAGGAGCCGAGUCGGGAGCAGGCCCGGCUCCUCGGGCUCCCGGCCGAGUCCUGUCGCAUGAGCCUGCGGCUGCGUCGCGCCGGCAUGGACUUCUACACGAGCCCGAUCGCCAGGGGACGAGGCCAGAUGCGCAUCCGCACCGAGUCCAGCUUCCUCGAGCCCCGCUUCGCCAGCAUCUACGCCUACGGCUGCAGACCCGUCGGCCCAGCGCCGGCAGCCAAUUACGACCGGCUCGAGAGCAGCGAGCCCCGGAAGAGGGAGAUCGGCAAGGCGAAGCCCGACUCGAACGCGGUGUCCAACUCCUCGGCGCUCGGCGCGGAGGCCGAGGAAGCUCUCGAGGAGGAGAACCGCCUCGGCGGAUCGUUGGCCGCGAUCCCGGCGACGCCUGCCGACGCGCUCCUCGACUCGCUCUGGCGAUCGCGCGGCGACAUAGCUCGCGAGAUGGAGGACGUCUUUCUGAGGAGCGCUAGCCAGGCCAUCACGCACUACAUAGAGCGACAGCUGCACCCAGCCAUCAAGGAGACACUUAUGCUCUCCAUGGGCUACACCAUCAGCUACGGCUGAGCUGCGCUUUCUCCGCGCUAUACCACAACCGUUCAACGCUCUAUAAAAACUCUAUCAAAAUUUUCAAUAAAACUAAUAGUUGCGUAUAUGUUUUAUUUUGCGCAAAAUAUCGUAGACUGUCGUUGUUGAAAGACAACGCGCUAUUCAUACCUUCGCGAUUUUCAGCUGAUACUCCAUAUUUUUAUGCGGUUAUAAUUAUUACUAUUUUUUUCAUGACCAUUUACAUCCUUGUAGAGGGGUGAAAACGACCAUUUUUGGUGCUGCUCAAACAUCAUCCUCGCUUGGAAAAGACCAUUUUCGUCCCAAGCUGCACAACAACGCACUAUCCCUCGUAGUCGUACAAUUGUACUAUUUCAGAGUACGCGAAAUAACUCGACUUACUGCAAGCGGUGCUUGAUUUUCCACUACAAGUCUUUAUCUGAAUCAUUGAACUGUAUCAAGAAUAUUACACUUAAUGUAUAAAUACUUAAAAAUUCAUUAUAAUUAGACUGUACAUUUAUUUUAAUUUCACGUAACAAAACGAUUACGCGGCAAGAGUUGAUAAUGAUCCUACUACUUUUAUUCAUGACUAAAUAGUAUCACGUAUGAAAACCCCGAUAAUAUAACAAUGCCAUGGACAAGACUUGAUAAAAUCUAAUCUUUCUACUUUUGAAAUAUUAAAAAUAACUUAUUUUUCAAAAUUAAGCCGACUAAUCGGCCAGAAGAUAAUGGUAAAAGCAAUGUUUUACAAAUGAAAUUUUGAAAAGAAAUGUGUAUAUUAGAUAAAUUAAGAAAAAAAAAUAGUUUUUACACUCAUUGCAUACGUCAAUCUCUGCGCCUAUCUUAAACUUUAAUCACAGCGACACAUCUUCUCUGAGGGAUGUUUCACCUAGCCACUGCGAAUCGGCAGGUAAUCAAAAGAGAAAAAAAACGCAACAGUUCACAGACUAGCGUGCGGCCGCCAGGCGGCAAAGGAGAAAGAACCUGAUACUUUCAAUCUUUUUGACUAAUCAUUAUCUUUGUUUUCUUGCAAAUAUCAAUACAACACAAUAAAAAAAAAGCUUUGCAUUCGA